UUAGGGUUUGUGAAUUGACGAGCUCGAGCGAAUCCAGAAUAAUGGAGGCGAUUCCGGGACCAUCGACGGCGAGAAAGCGUCGGCGCGAUGAAGAAAACGUCCCGGAAGGUGAAGAUUACGAUGAAGCCCUAUCACUCGAGUCUUACUUUCAGCGAUACGUUGGUGGCUCUACGCAUAAUGCGCGCGCAAUUUCCACAAAUUGAGAAGGUUUCUGUUCAGCCCUUCAUUUUAAGGUCACAACUAUAUAGCAGUGUGAAGGACAGAACUCAAGUGGAUAGGGAAUUAGAGUCAUUGAGGAGGGACAAGGUUUUGCGCAUUUUCAAACUAAAUACUGGACAAGAUGAUCAUGCUAUAAUGUUCAUGGAUGACUAUUUGAACCAGAUAGAACGUGUUAUCAAAAGAAUGGCAGCGAAGAAGCAAGACGAGCUUGCAGUUUUUGAGUGGUUUAAAACACAUGUUAUCACUUCCAAGCUUGAACCUAGUAUCGAACAUCAUGAGCUUUGCUCACUGCUAUCAUUUGGAGGAAAUGUAAAAGAUGAACACAUCUCUCUUUUAAUCAAUGCUGGCCUACUUACUCGCCAGCUUAUUGAUCCAAACAUGUACUGGUUUGCAAUCCCUAAUAUUGGUUCGCUACUUAAGGGCCUUUCUCAGGGAAGAAAGGAACUCCUCUCUUUUCUAAACCGUCGAAGAUACAAAGAGAUGAUGUUAGCCCCUCUAGAGAAGAAGCGUCUUCGGCUAUCUCCACUUGAUAUGAGGUUUCAUCUUCGUGACCUGAUUGGCUCGGGUCAUGUCAAAACAGUCCACACACCGACUGGCUUAGUUGUUCGGGUCUCAAAGGAUUAAAACCCAGGCAAAGCACCAGCUGCAAUUUCCUCUUCAAUAAUUAUAAUGCUUCUUAUCUCUUGGUUGUCAAGCAUGAAAGAGCUCAAGUCACUUAUGCUUUGGACAGGUUAGUUCAUAAUGCUUCCUACAUGUUUCCUUCACAAGAAGAGAAGAGUGGAAUUUCUAUUGAAGUUGAUUGAAGUGUGGGAAUUAAAAUUUUCAUGAAAUUGCAUUCAUCAACCUCAAUGAAUGUGUGAUAACGUGAGUGUCUUCUCUACUGGGCCUUCAAUUACUCAGUCAUAUGUAAAUUUGGUGCUUAAUUUUAAAAUUGUCUAUCUUGUGAUCCUUCCAUGAUUAACUGAAUUCCUAUAUGAUGCUGCAAUAAAAGAAAAUUCAGAUAAUUGCCCCGACUGCA